CACAAUGCACAGCGAACCAGCCACGUAAACGCUUCCAAUCACAGCAGCGCCGCCCUCGUUAGCUUCCUCUACAAUCUGGACAGAUUCAUACCUGCACAUCACAGGUGUUCACAUGAUGCUACAGCCGUUUAUCAGGUAAAGGCGCUCAAUUGACUGUUUCAGUUCUUUAGGCGAAUGUGUUUUGAUUGGUUUUAGCUUUGCCCUGAGUUGUGAGGAAGCAGUUUUGCCUCUUUAGCCUCUGCUGACGGAAGCCGAGAAGAAAUACUGAGGCGAAGCUAACGCUGUUUACCUUAGAUGCUAACGGAGGUUAGCAGUUUAGUUUUCUAUAAUUCAGAGCGUUAGGAAGCUUAUUUAAAGGAUUUUUAGGUUGGACAGUUUAAGUUUGAUUCUUGGAAAUACUGAAUGCACAGUGGUUGGCUAAGUUAAAUAUGAGACGUUAUAAAUAAUCCCAGGGAUCUCCUCACUUCCUUAGCUAGUUCCUGACACACUGCUAAUGUUCCUUAGCUGGUCCAAACGCAUGUCUUCUGUGGAUUUAUGUUAUAUUGCGAGGCAGUGAUUUACAGACAUUUUGUUAGCAGGUAUUCGAUAGUAACGAUUGUCUAACAAUACUUUGUAGGUUUUUAAGACAGGCAAGCGUCGCCCGUUCAUUCAGUGUUUGGAGCUGUCCGUGGUGCUAACACAACCGACCAACAACAACCAUAGAGAAGCAAACAAACGAUAAAUGUUAGUUUGAACCUGUCACAAAUGACCCUUAUGCUUAUUGAGCUUAAGCAAAUUCAUAUUUUCUUAUCUUGUAUGACAUAAUUUUCAGAGCAAAUCAUCUGUAGAGUAAAAAACAGACUUAAAGAUACUAGAAAGUGUCUUUAGGUCUUUGGUUUUGUGUUCAUCGUUGUCUUUUGGUCUCUUGAGCUCUCGCUCUGAUAUGAGGAAGGAAGGCUUUAAACUCUCCCUUUUAAAGUCUUUUAGCUUGACUUAAGUGUUCCCCCGUAUAUUUGUCAAGCAGCUUCUCAUGUCACUCCUCUUCCACAUGUGUAGGUUAUUGCAGCCUUUUCUUAUGCUCAUUUCUUGACACCGGGAAACUGAAAUGCUUGGAACAGUCUGCCGGAGAGCCUCAGGGCCGCAGAGACUAUGGAUGUUUUUAAGAAGAGGCUCAAGACUACCCUUUUUAACCAGGCUUUUUACUAACUGCCCUUUUAUAUUUCUCUUAUUGCAAAUGCUCAUUUCAAUCGAAGUUCCUAUUGUUUAUUUUAUGUCAUUUUAUUAAUAUCCUCUGUUCUUAGUCUUUUUCUUAAUUCCCUUCACAGGUUUUUACUUCUUUUACCCCUUUUGUAUGUAGUAAAGAGCUUUUACUUAUCUGCUCAUUUAAUAUAAUUUUCUUAUUUUAGUCCAUCAGGUUUUACUCUUUCUUUUUACCAUUUUUAUUUCUAUUUUUAUCUCCAGUGUUUCCCAAAGGUAGCUCUUUCCUCACGUAAUGUCUCAGUGUCAGGCCAUGUCUCUCUUACAGUAUAUCUUAAAUUCUCAUACUGUGUGCGGUUGUGUGUGUGUGUAUGUGUAAGGGUGAGUGAGUGAGGGUGGGUGUAUACCUUUGUGUGUGGGUGGGAGGGUCGGGUUUUAUUGUCGUUAAUUGUUUUUUUUAGCCUCUGUGAGGCUCUUUGAACUUCAAUUUUUGUAUGAAAAGUGCCAUAAAAAUAAAGUUGAAUUUGAAUUUGAAUUUCUACACAUCAGAUUUUAAAGCAGCUGGAACAUCUGAAACUUCAGAAGCAUCUCUGUCCACCUUCAUCACUUAUGCUAUUAUCUUUGUACUGAUCUGAGGAAGCAAGCAGAGUGCAUCGGAAGAUAGACGCCCAUGGGAUUAGGGUUAUAGUUCCUGUUAAUUUUGCUCUGCUCUGCUGUGGCUCUAACAAAACAGUAUUCUUUGAGUGGGAGGCCUGUCACUCUAUACUAGUACAGGUGCACAUGGGCAUUGAGAGACUUUUCUCAUUAUGUUGUGAGAUUCCAUAGCGUCUCUAAUGUCAAAUGAAGACAUUAGGGGUAACGAUUUGGGCAUAUUCCUCUAGUGUCAAAAAGUUAAAAAAUCACUCAGACUCAAGUACGAUGCUGAUUGAGAUCUUGUGGUCGUUAAGUACGCACAUUUUUGGGACGAAAAACACGCCAUAAGCACUCUCAGUAGACAGAAGUGUUUGUAAGACUAGAUUAAAGAGGAUCAAAUGUUGCAUAUCGUAGCUUGGUGAAAGUGGCGCAAACUGUUUUAUAUUUUGUUUUUGGCCGAGCAGUAAAGCAGUUGUUCUAAGUUCAAAAUCAUUUACACAACCUACACAGCGAAAUAAAAAAUGUACCUCUGUGCGAGCCUUGUCUUUUUUCUGUGUUUUAACAAGACUUUCCACAAAGUAUACUCUGUCAGACUCUAGAAAGCCCUGAUGACUAAAUGUUUGCAGGUUGGCUCUUUGUGAGUUAAAACUUGAGAAGCUGGAUAUUUAACAUGUCUUUACUGCUCUUUCAACAAGCUCCUUUCCCUCUGUUUCAUCCAUCUGCAGGGCUUCAGUGAGAUUGUUAGAGCUUUAAGAUGUCGACGGUGUUAUUUGCCUCUGUGGUACGGGUCGGGGACGGCCUGCCACUCUCUGAAUCGACCGACUAUGAGCAAGACAAAGAGCUGCAGGAAACCAAGAAGAGUCUUAAAAGCCUCUCCAAAAAACUAGGACAGUUUCCUGACCGCUGCACACUCAAGACUGGACCGUAUAAUGUCAAGUAGGUCAUACAAGAUGCUUGUUAAAGUUACCCAAGUUUUUGAGGUGCAUUAUCAGUGUAUUUUGGAUGUAAACUAUACUUUUACCAAAGAAAUUUGGUAAUUUAGGUAUAAAAUACAGUUUUAAUUUCAGAAAUGUGCAUAAUUUUCUGCACCCUCAUCCCUUGACACCUGUGAGUGAUUAAGCAGUCUGCUGCUCACAUUAUUUCGCUCUCUUCUUGACCUCUCUUUAACAACUUUGAUGGGAAAAUGCUGCUUAAUUUCUCUGAUUUAACAGCUAGGCUACCGUUUGAGGUGUCAAACUGUUCCUAAAAGCUCUGCUGGUGCCCAGGGAAAUAGCUUUGAAACUUUCUCAAAGGCUGUUUUUGUCAAGAGCUAAUUAGUCUUAUUAAGACAUAGAACAUGAGCUUCAAAAAAAUUCUUCAGAAUCAGCUAUCAAUGAGCCAGCCUUACCUUUCAACAGUCAGAGUUUCUGUUUGAUAAGAGUCUCUUUAAUCAAUAAAAGCUUGGAGAAUCUGUAGAGGAGAGGGUCAGCAGACAGUGAAGGUCAGUCUGAGGCAGGCUCUGUUUGAAGUCACAGGUUAACGUACUCUGUGAUAUUCUGGAUCCUUUAGGACUUAGAGAUUUCUCCAGCAUAAAAGCAGAAGGAGAGUCUUUGUAUUUCUUGAUGUGUAAGUGAUUUCUUUGUGAACAGAUUCAUACGUGACUUUUUCUGGAUGUUUUUGGACAAAGUAAAAGACAAAUUAAACUUGACUUGACUUGACAAAGUGAACUUCUCUAAUCACAUGAAGCCCGUUAUGGUACUCUAAUUCUUGUUGUGAUUUCGAGCGUAUGAAAGGAUUAGGGACAUUGCAGUAACAUUAAUGCAUACUACAUUACUUUUUGAUGAUAUUUAAACAUAUUCAUGCACCAACUUGUAGUCAUGCACAUCACUCAUAGCAGUCUGCUCCAGGGCUUUUUGUAGCUUUAUUUUUGUAUCUUAUUCACCAAAGAGUUUUUAAUAUGCUGCAUUUGUUGCCUUAGGGUCCUCUGACUAUUUUGUCAAAUAGAAACGGAUGCUAACUUAAUCAGCUUGAUAUGCAUAUGUAAACAAAACACAAACCUAUCCGCUGUGGACUGAAAAAAAUCACAGUGACGGCCUUUCAGGCAGAAAUAUGAGUUAUGCAGGAAUUUGCCCGACAUGUACUCUUUUAAAAAAAAAAAGUGAAAUCAUUUGAUAUUGUGGUAUUUUUGAUGUUCCUACCUGCAAAUUGCAAACAUUGUCACCAACACCAUGAAGGAUGCUAUAAUCAUUCUGUCAAAACACAAACUCACCAGAAACUUCCAUUUUCCAAGAGGACCUCCUCCAGCCAACUGUCACCUCACUUACAGAGAUCCUUUUCCAUUUAAGCUCAAUGCAAGUGGCAGAUAAAGGGGGUUUGACCAAGUCCAGGAUAUGCAACUUCAGUGCAGCUCUGUGCAUACUGUUAAGAAAAUUGGAAACAGAUCUUUACAUGGAAAUGUGCUCCCUGUCGACCCUAUGAAUUCUCACUUUAUUUUAAAGAAAGACUAAAAAAUGAAACAGUGUACUAACUGCAGGCAUAUUUUUGACAUGUUACGAAGGGGUGGGAGAAAAAAUUGUAACAACAUAGUAUUGCAAUAUUUUGUCUGGUGAUAUAUCAUAUCGUCUCAUUCACCAAGUAUCGAUUUUUCUAAUUAAUUGCUAAUAUGAAGACAAAUCUAUGAUGCUGAAAAAAUAAAAUCAGCUGUUUGUCCAGUGAGGUUGGCAGAGGUGACAUCUUAGAGCAGGAGAAAGUUAGUACAACAAAUACAUAAGAUUUUCAAAAUGUGGUACAUGAAAAUAAAAUAGAGUGUAAAUAAGACAAACAUUAAGGAAAGACAAAUGCUAAAUUUGCUCAAGAGUUGAAAAAAUUGUAUUAAUCACAAUAUAUUGCAAAUAACAUUUGCAAAAUGUUAAAAAUUGCGAUAAUAUUGUAUUGUGGCCCAAGCACUGUGGUGAUAUUGUAUCGUGGCCCAAGUAUCCUGAUAGUAUCAAAUCGUGGCCCAAGUAUCCUGAUAGUAUCAAAUCGUGGCCCAAGUAUCGUGAUAAUAUUGUAUCAUGGCCCAAGUAUCGUGAUAGUAUCGUAUCGUGGCCCAAGUAUCGUGAUGAUAUCAUAUUGUGGCCCAAGUAUCGUGAUAAUAUUGCAUCAUGGCCCAAGUAUCGUGAUAAUAUUGCAUCAUGGCCCAAGUAUCUUGAUAAUAUUGCAUCAUGGCCCAAGUAUCGUGAUAAUAUCGUGUCAUGGCCCAAGUAUCAUGAUAAUGUCGUAUCAUGGCCCAAGUAUCGUUAUGAUAUCAUGGUGAUUCCCACCCCUUAUGUUAGGUAUAUCAGGACAGAUUUGAUUGUAUGUAUUUACUGUGAAGAUCAAACUGAGAGUUUUUUUACCACCGUUCAGCUGGAAACAUCUCACUAUCUUGCUUUAUCACAUUAACAUGCUGGUAUCACAUUCACUCUCAUUCCUCAGAUGCUUUUGGCUGUUUGAUUAUUAGUGUUUCAUCGGGCCACAUGAUAAUCAUCACGUCUGUCUGUACUAUUUGUUGACAUUUUUGUUCCACAUCAAUUUGGAUGUUGUUUUUGAUAACCAAUUUUUUUCCCCUAAAAUGUGCUCAGAGCUGUUCAGAUACUGCAGAAGUCUUUGUGUCUGGGGAAUUUAAUUUGUGCGCUGUGUAUCCAUUAACACCGCAGGCCCAAAAGAUAAAGUGUCUGCUGAGGUGCAUAUGAAUGUGAUUGUGGGUUUGUGUUUAAUUAGCUGUAAAAGUGUGUGAGUUUUAGGCACAAAUGUGCUGAAAUAGUGUUUAUUCAAUGUUUAGAGCAGCAACGAGCUGGAACAGAAAUUAUGCCAUUGUGUGUGUUUAUUUUCUGGGAUCUGUUUGGCUUGGUGUCCUCAUUACAGUUUUUUUUUCUGUCAAGAGAAUAGAGUACUGUGGUAGAAAGGCUUUAUUGUUAUUGCGUGUGUGUGUGUGUUACAGUUUUGCAAGCGCCCGGGGUGUUGGAUACAUGAUGGUGUGCACUGCAAACUACCCCAACGUGCUGGCCUUCUGCUUCCUGGAGGAGCUACAGAAGGAGUUUAUCGUCACCUACGACUCCAAACGAAUCAACAGUGCUGUGCGGCCGUUUUCUUUUAUUGAAUUUGGUGAGCCCCACUGAGUUUUACAGGAUGUGUCAGACUGUAAGUGGCUGUCAUCACAUGGUAGAAUUUAUGAUUCUGUCCCUCAGAGUCUAAAAACAAGAGUGUCUUUUUGUUAUCGGGAAAACAUUCCAGUGCAAAAUAAUAAGACGUGCCAUGUUUUCCACAAAUUUGGCCCCAUAAUAAAGCAAUUUUUUUCCAACUACAUGUGCUAUUUUUGUUACAUUUUGUCUUGGUCAUGCUUAUUUCUCUCUAUGAUGACAAUUUGUUAUUCUGCCUGACUGUAUUUGUGCAGAAAAAAUGACUAACAGAACAAGGUUUCUCCAAAUCUUCCUUGCAGACCGAUUAUUAGUGUUGUCUGAUUAUCGGGGGUGAUAUUUAAAGGCUAAUCCAAACAAUCAGGAAACUGAUCUCAGUCUGACUGCUCCACUCUUACACACAGCUGUCUAUCUCUGUGCUCUUUUCACCCCCUGUGCCACUGACCACCUUGUUGUGCUCCCUAUCAUCCAUCAGACACCUUCAUCCAGAAAACCAAACAGCGCUUCAACAGCCCGCGCUCGCUGUCCACCAAGAUCAACCUGGCUGACAUGCAGACAGAGAUCAAGCUGCGACCGCCCUACCAGCUCUCCCCUGAGGACCUGAGGUCUAUCAAUGGGCUGUCCGUGCACAUGCCAAAUAAAUACAAAGGUAUAGAUAGGACAUGCACAAACCCAAGCUCUAUUGAAGUGUGAAAGAGGUUUUCUGUCAUAACAGAGCACCUACUUUAGUUCCAAUCUGGAGAUCAAUAAGGUGUUAUCCUACAGACUCUUAUUACUUGGCAUUUGAAGCACCAGUUUUAUUAACAAGAGAAACUUUAAGGUUACAGGUAGUUUCAGGAUACUGAGUCCUUUACAAAAUAUGUGAAGGAUGCUGUUUGAUAAGUGAGAUUGGAGUUGAUUAAGCUAAUUCAAAACAUUAAUGCACGAAGGAUUCUCUAUUCUUUUGUAAGAAUUUGUAAGAAGUAUUUUUUUUAGUUUUUUUAGUCACAAAAGAAAGUAUUGAAUCAUCAAUGCUGUCACUACAAACAAAAUCUUGAGUAUUUCAAUCUGGUCGACCUCAAGGGAAAUAGAUUAGAGCUGCUAUUGGCACAGACACGCCAAGAGCACCUCUAAAUCGAGGCAUCCUUUACAAAAACCCCAAACCACCCCAACCUUUUCUCUAAGGCCGCCCCCAGGAAACUCAUGUCAGUUGCUUUUAUCCGUAAUCAUCUUCUACAUGAACUCCAAAGAGUCCUCGAGUGCAGGAGUGAUUUAAGAACCUUCUCAGGGCAGCUCUGAGCAAAGAAGGGACAGAAAAUUUGACCUCAGGUUGGAGGCAUGGCUGACCCCCUUUGCUCGGUAUCGCACAUCCAGACAGAAAACAAAGUCCUUUCUCGAUAACAGUUCUAGUGUUGUUGCGUUAGCCUGCAGAAAUGAGUGCACUUUGAGGUACAUUGCUCCUAUUUACAGUCUGUCUACCAUUCACUACUCAGCCUGAGGAACCCUAAGCCUCUGAAAAAGUCCUCACUCUCCCUGUCAAUUUUUCAUCUUAGCUGUCUUAAGGGGGACAGAGAUUGAGUUUUAACUUGGAGGGAAAUUCUUAGAAAACGUGAAGAUUCUAUGAAUUUUCCUAAAAUUUCGCCGCUUGGAGCAUCUCUUAAGACUUGAUGGCUUUAUGGCCACAUGACUAAGUAACAAGUGUCAUUUCAAUAGUUCACAAUACUCUUUGUAUAUUGAUCAAGAUAAUGCUGUUUAUAUAGUCAUGUGGUACAUACCUCUCUGCGCGGUCAAACAGACCCACCAUUGCUCUCUUGUCCUUGUCCAAGACUCUCCCUCUUUUGCGCCGUCACACCUCAGCUUCCCCGCUGUGAGCGACGUCACCUCAGGUCACUGUGGUUGUUAAGUUCCCCCCCUCGACAUCCUCUUCAGAGUGGCUCCUCCACGCUUUGUUCACUCUCUGCUGGUUGCCCUUGUCAGUCUUUGUUUCUGGAAGCAUAAAUCAUUUUGUUCUGGAGGAUAAAGUACGCUCAUCUGAUAAUGGUGACGCAUCACUCCUUUUAUUAUGCAAGAAUGUUUCGGAGGACGGAAAAUUCCAGACGGUGUCGCCUGGCUUAUCAAUUCUUUUGAGGAUUCAUACUCUUGUCUUAGAUUUAAUAUCAUGUCACAUAUACAAAGUUUUAGUUUCUUUUUAAAGCAGGAUGUUUUUUCCUCAUAGCACUUGAGUCGCUCAUUAGUAGAUCAUUUUGCUGAAUCAGUGCUAAUGUUCUUUUUUUAUUUUCUCUCCCCCAGUUCCAAAACAGAUGUUGGAGCCAGUGACUCUUCCAGGCGUCGUGUCCUGCGUGCUCACUGUCCUCUGUGGAGGCCUAAACCUGCUGCGAGGAGUCCACGCCAUAGAGAGCAUCUUACAGGUGAGGGUAGAGCUGAGGUGACAUUUUAACAGCCUCAGCUUUUCCGUCACACAGCAUGAGACUUAAAGUCAUAGAUUUGGCCUUUUAAUCCAGCGCUCCCCACUGAAGUACAGAGAAGCUGUGGAAACCAUUGAAAUUCUGUUUUUACAUACUUAUUCCUGAUGUCAGGGUUUCUUUCAGUUCAGUUUUCUAGCACCAAACACACCUGCACAUUUGCUCUCACCUCUCGCCUCCACAUGUUCCUCUUUUCUUCUUUCACACCGAUGUUAAGCACCCGCUUUUUGUCUCUCUUUUUCAGCAGCGUGUUCUCUAAAAACUCAAAAACCUAACUUGUAAUUUUUCAUUUUUCCCCCCUCAAUUUUGUUUUAAAAAAAAAACACAGAUUGAGGCUCUUUGAGUGAAGACUUGAUUGUAAUUAUGUGGCUUAUCAAAACCAGCGUAGUUUGGAGUGUCAUUAGCAUCAACCAGGUGCACUUAAAAGCUUUUAUAAACAGCGGCCAGAAUGAGUUAGGCCCACAUUCAGCAGGAGAAGUCACUUCUCAGUGAGUGCAUUCACAGACAGGAUGUAAUCAGAGUGUUUCCUUGCACUGUGUGGAGUUGUGAGUGGAGUCAGGGGAGAUGGUGCACUACUUAAUCAACAUUGGAGGGUGUCAUUCUUUUUUAUGGGCAAAAAACUCAGAAUCAGAAGGGUUAUUUAAGGUCAUUAGAAAUACUCUUAACUAUACCAGAUGUCAGAAUAGAAUAAGUGGCCCUGUAAAGUCACGCCUGAGUGCGGGACUCAUUACAGUUGUGUUGGUAGGAAGUUGAAUCAUGAGGUUCUAAAGUAAAGUCAGAUUGAAUAAAUUAGCAUUACAUUAGCAUCGUACCAAAUUAUCUGAUAAGAUAUUAAUAAACAUAUACUGUAUAUAAACAUUAAUAACAAAAAUGACCAAAAAGCAGUGAAUUUUGCUCAAUAUAAACUUAAACCUUACAUUUAAUUUAAAAUAGUACAAGCCAACACAGUAAAUGUUAGAACUGACUAACUUGAUUACGUUUUUAAAAAUACAGUUUAUUCUUAUUUUAAAUUAGGUUCUGGCAACACUAACAGAAAACUUGCAACAGGGACAACAGACACUGAAAAAAGUAUAAAAAAUGUAUACUGUUAAGAAAAAUAAUAAUUUCACCACCAGUUACAUUCAUUAGAAAAGGUUGGUAACAUGACCAGGUUUACAAAAGAGCAUCCUUAAAGAAGCUGAGUUUCUCAGAACAGGCUUUCUGCUGGGUCUUUAAAAAGCCUUAAAAUGUCUCAAAUCCAAUAAUUUGAAUUUAAGGCCUUAAAAUUUCUAAAAUUCUCUGAAAACUUCAUGAAAUGUCUUGAAUACAAAUUUGAAAGGUCUUAAAAAUAUGUUAAUGUUACUUACAAAUAAAGAUUGAUUUGAAGUCGAUUUAAAAUGUUCAGAUUUCCUCUCAUGUCUUUUGUACUUUUUUACCAGUAUGAAUGUAAAAUGGAUCUUAAACUGUAUUCAUUAUGGUCUGAAAAAAGUCUAAAAUUUGACUUGUUGAAACCUGCAGAAGUAAAGUUGGAAGUAGGUUCACCUCUUUUGUGAGAGACAGCGUGAGCACAUUUUAACAAUAUUAAGAGUGAUGUUCCCCAAAGUAAAAAUGAAGAGAAAGUGAAGAUUACAUUGUCUGCAAUAUAUGAUAUCAACUAAAAUAUUACUGCUUAGCUUUCACUCACCAGCAUUGCGUUAAAUACAGAUGUGACUCUGUAGUAGAAGUCCCUGCAUGGACUCAUAUAAGUGUCUAUGAACACAGUUUGUUGUUCCAUCCACCAAAGGGUAAACCAAAUUUAGUUUAAAAGGAACUCCCGCACACUUUAGCUGAUGAAGAAACCUGCUGAGACCGAAAUAACAACACUGCUUUGCCUCUUAGCAUCUGUCUUUGCACGUAGAUUCAGGUUUGAAAUGAUUUCCGAGUCUGUUCUUAUUAACCUUUUGUUCGUCAUCCCGACUUAUUUGGAACUGAGGUAAAUUUAUCCAGUUUUGCUGCAUAAUGGUGUCAGUCUGACAUUUGUCAUUCACGCUUCUCUCUGUAAAUGUCACCUUGUAUUCUUGUAAGUAGAUGAGACCUUAUUAUGAAAUAAAUUACAGAAAUAUCUGAAUGUUCUCUUCGUAUGGGUUUCUUGAUGCUUUGUCCAAACAUGGAUAACUUGUGCUUGAAAGUAACACUUUUCUUCCUCUUUGCAGAAUGACGAUGAAGACUUUAAUUACGUGAUUGCCUUCUUCCUCGGCACAGCGGCCUGUCUGUAUCAGGUAAGUGAUAGUCUGCGGUAAGAGCGGCCCGUCACCGGCUGACUGGCUGACUAACAGCCCUGCACUUUACAGCUCAGCAGCCUGUCAGCCAAACUAACAUUAGCAAAAGCUCAGUGCCUUUCACCCCACUACCUUCUCUGAAACAUUUUCAUCAGCUCCUUUUGUGCAGCUCCUCAUACCUAAUGGAGCAACACAAAUUGGCCGGCUCGUGGGGGGAGAACAAAGUUAUCAGAUUUCUUACUUGCUGAGCAGACUUAUUGUCCCAUGAAGGACAUCCAAAAUGAAAACAUGUCACCGGCCAAUGUCGGUCACACAGACUCUGCAGAAUUCAAAUUCCUCUCUGCUGUUCUCCUUACAGUGCUACCUGUUUGCCUACUUCUCAGUCUGGAGGAACAGUAAGUCCUUCCUGGCGUUUGCACUCAUCUGUCUGUCAAACAUGUAUCUGUAUGAACUGAGAAACAUGUGGCAGAUCCUCUUCCAUGUGGCCGUGGGGGCCUUCAUGACUCUGCAAAUCAAACUGAGACAACCGCUGGGGAAAGCACCGGACUACAACGUCUGACAAAAACUUGUAUCGCAGAGGACACACACAGACUUCAAGUCGGAUGUCUCGCAAACGCCCUGGAAAUGGAGCCGAGACAGCCCUGGAUGUCUGGGGACAAAGACGAAUCAAAAACCAAUCGUCUCAGCUCAGAGGGAGAAACCAAAAUCUUGCAACCGCAACACAUGGCAGCACCAGCAGACAGUGACGGAGCUCAGUGUGGACGUAGAGAGAAACUCUGCCCCAGCCCUCAUCAUUUAUGGAAUUUAAUGGAUGGAGUUCAGGAGUUGUCUAAUCCCCACCAUUCGCAGAUAUUUACUUUAACUUUCAUGUCAGCCGCAGCUUAGAUCACAGUCCUGCAUCAGUCCUGCGACAUUUUCAUCCAUCAACUAUGCAGCUCUAAAGUAAACAAAUCCCUGUUACUGUACAUGCAACCCAACAUUUAACCAAAAACAUAUGCGAUUAAAACCCACUGAUAAUGCAAACUGAUUGCAUUGGAAGGUAAGAACCUCCAAACCAGUCAAAAAGUUCCACAAUAUGUAAGCUUUGGACUUUAAUAUUUUAAUUUCAAGAAUUCAAAACCUCUUAAUGAUAUUAAGCCUUGAUUUUAGUAUGAAUAUAAAGCAGCUUUACAAACAUUAAAAUUAACUGUAAUAGAAUCCUGUCUGAUGAGAAAAAACAUUUUUAAACAAGGAAAUAUCUGAUUAAAUCAUUUUCACUCAAAGGCACAGAUUGUCAAAUAUAGAGCAAUAUCUAGUUGUCAGACUCUGAUUUAAAAAGCUCCCUUGCUCACCCCUCCUUGCUGAUGAAUUUCCACAUUUCAAGUGAUGGUAGCAUAGAUGGACAUGAAGCUCCUGUGGUGCAUAUGAAGUGUGGUCCUUUAUUUCAAUCCCAAUUAUUUUGCACAGAACAACAACCACUCUCUUCUUCCUCUUCUUCUUCUGCGUUUAAUGAACAGCCACCAAAUUAAUAGAAAAAAUUAGAUGCUACUAGUUUGUCCAUUCUGUGCUACCAUAGAAAUGUGGAGUAGAAACAUAACAAGAAAGAUAACUACGACAACUACACCUCAUCCUGGUGUCGAUGUUAUGACAAAGCAUUUGAUAACAGGUCUUGGUAUUUGGAGUGGACCACGUAUCAGCCUUGGCCAAUCAUUCAGGCUGAUAUUUGACAUUUGGCUGAUAAUCUGUAUGGGCCUUUUAUUUUACUGAUUGCAGAUCAAAUGAAUUAGAUAAAACGUGCACCACUUUGGCUCUGGCACUGGUGUGUCUCACCUAGUGUCCCGCCCACAACACUAUCUGAUUGGAUAGACAUGACAAAACAUUAGUGUAACUAGUUCAGUAUUAACUUCUGUUUAUAAUGUAGAAUAUUCUGGUUUUAUUGAAGAGUUGCCAAAGGUUUUUAGGCCAAAUGUUGGAACGGAGUUUGUAAUAUUACAAAUUAUAAAUUCUGACACAAAGGUUUUAAUUUAUGCUGUUGAUGCAUAAAUUUCAACCGUUUUAAAACCAGUUUUAAGCAUAGACUAUCUGUUACAUGAACUAAUAAUCACCAUUGGUACUGAGCCUAAAAAACCAAACUGGUCGCCGUUACCUGAUAUUUUACAGCUUCUGUCUCUAGCUGUAUUCACAAAGACAAAAAUGAGGUGAGAUGCCAAGCUUUUAUUCUCUCAAGCUUUACCAACAAUGCAAGUUAACUCAACUAAAGGUCCAAGAGUUAGACUUCAUAAAUCUCAGCUGAAAAAAUAAUGUGCAACAUGAUCUAGAAAUCCCAUGACUGCAAAAACAAAUGAAGGAAAAGGAGAUAUUAAAGUCUCAAAUGCCUGACUUUGACUGUAUUUCAGCUUCCUUCUCUUCUUUUCUUACCAGUCCAUUAACAUCCAGCCAAAGGUUUUUUUUUUUUUAAUCUGUUUUGUGCACAUUUUUUUGAAGCUGUGCUCUAAUGUACCCAAACUGGUGGAGGACUCUGGUCUUGGUUUAAAACGAUGUAAAGCUGCCUCUUCUGUGUAUGUGUGUGACUGUGUGUGUGUGUGUGUGUGCGGUCUGUCAUCUCAGUUCCGGAUGUAUUCUGUAUUCAGGAUCCAUCGAUUGAACUUCUGCUAUUUCUUGUCACUUUAUAGACAUUUAAUUUCACUAUUUAUUUAUUGACUGAUUGCGCCGUGACAUGAGGUCAGUGGAGAUUAUGCAAAUUUUAUUAGCUCAAUUUGUCGUUUUGUGAUUGCUUCACUUUUUUCAAGCUGAGGGGCGCCUGGCUGUCACAAAGCAGCUCCUGCAGACACAAACAGCCUGUUUGCAUUCAUACCCGCCUUCAUCGCCCACACAGCCUCUAGCAUAUGCCAGUGUCAAGUGACUAUGUUAAUAAACAGGUCUGUGUUGGCAGCGGUAAAGAUGUGUAGCUGUGCUGUCGAGGCCAGAGGCAGCCUGUGUCAUCUGAGCUGCUUCUGGCUGCUGUGUGUUUUUUUUUUUUUUCCUCCCAGCGAGCCCCGUGAUUGUGUCUGCCACUAAGGAUGACAAAAAACCCACCGUCUACCUUUGUAACAGGCAUUUGCAUACUGCUCACAUCCAGUGUAAUUACAGUCAGGAGAUGCCACAUUCAUUGUUAUAAGGCAGAGUGGGAUGUGUUGUGGGAAUGAUGGGAAUAUUUCCGAAUUUCCUGCACAAAUGAUAGAAAAUAAACGGAGAAGAGGGGAGAAUUGAGUCAUUCUUUCAUUGUCCAUUGUUCUACGAGCUCGGUAGUUGUGCCAAGAUUUUAUUUCUGUAUUUUUUUAAUAUUCUCUCUAACUGGAAGAAGUUAAAACUGCAAAUAAAAAGGAGCUCUGCCACGCAAAUCCACUUAAUGUCCAUCUGGCAUCGACACUCCAGAUCUGUCAGGGGAUCACUGUAAGACUUCAGCCUCAUAUGAUUCAUCGUCGUGCUCUUGAACACAGGAACCACACCUACAUGACCUCAUCGCUCUCUUCAAAAUAUGGCUCAGGCUUGACUGGAUCUCAGCUAAGCCUCGCUGGCUCAGAUGGUGUGUGUUCAAUUUCGCCUUUUCCAAGAGCAGUAAACAUGUCCUGUGGGUGUGUUGUGCAAAAGAAAGAGAGAAAAUCAGCUUGGGUUUUUAUGCAUACUGGAAGAGGGAUGAUUGUGAUCAUUUCCACGUCUGAGAAUCGUAGCAUUAAAACCUCUGAAAACCUUUUGCAUGCAGAGUUUAAAGUUAAAUCCAGAAGAGGAAAAGUGCACAUUUGAGAUCUGCAGGGGGUGAGCGUUACACAUGAGGAUACAUUAAUUCAUGGUGUCAUCUGCUUCUCUGCAAUCUGCUUUUGUAUUCAGACUCAUCAUGUGUGAGCUUGUCUGGGGAGCAUUGCACAUUAAAAGGUCUGAAACACAA